AUGUCUGCUGCUAAGGAAGAAGAUGUCUGUAAUCAUGUGAAAGUAGUGGUCCGUGUCCGUCCAGAGUCUCAAAAGGAAAAAGAUGGCAACUUUAGCAAGGUUGUUCAUGUUGUUGACCAGCAUAUAUUGGUUUUUGAUCCAAAGGAGGAAGAAGUUAGCUUCUUUCAUGGGAAGAGACUGAUCCAUAGGGAUGUCAAUAAAAGAAAAAAGAAAGAUCUUAAAUUUGUAUUCGAUACUGUUUUUGCUGAAAAUUCAUCUCAGUUGGAAGUUUUUGAGCAUACUACCAAAAGUGUAAUUGAUGGCUUCUUAAAUGGAUAUAACUGCACAGUGCUUGCAUAUGGUGCAACAGGAGCUGGAAAGACUCAUACAAUGUUAGGUUCCCCUGAAGAUCCUGGAGUGAUGUAUUUAACCAUGAUGGCACUUUAUAAUUGCAUGGAUCAAAUAAAAGAAGAUAAAAUAUGCAAUGUUGCUGUCUCUUAUUUAGAGGUCUACAACGAACAGAUCCGUGAUCUGCUGGUAAACUCGGGACCUCUGGCUGUUCGUGAAGAUACCCAGAAAGGGGUCGUAGUUCAAGGACUAACAUUACAUCAGCCUAAAUCAGCAGAGGAAAUCCUUCAAAUGUUGGAUUAUGGAAAUAAAAAUAGAACACAGCAUCCCACAGAUGUAAAUGCCUCCUCUUCCCGCUCCCAUGCUGUCUUUCAGAUUUAUCUAAGGCAGCAAGACAAAACAGCUAGUAUUAAUCAAAAUGUUCGCAUCGCCAAAAUGUCUCUCAUUGACCUGGCAGGAUCUGAACGUGCCAGUGCAACAAAUGCCAAGGGGGCUCGUUUUAGAGAAGGAACAAAUAUUAACCGCUCCCUGCUAGCUCUUGGAAAUGUCAUUAAUGCCUUGGCAGAUCCAAAGAGCAAGAAACAGCACAUUCCUUAUCGAAACAGCAAGCUUACUCGUUUAUUGAAAGAUUCUCUUGGAGGAAAUUGCCGAACAAUAAUGAUAGCUACUGUUAGUCCAUCUUCUAUGUUCUAUGAUGAUACAUAUAAUACCCUGAAGUAUGCAAACCGAGCAAAGGAUAUCAAGUCUUCUUUAAAGAGCAAUGUUGUUAGUUUGGACAGUCACAUAAGCCAGUAUGUUAAAAUUUGCAAUGAACAAAAGAAAGAGAUCCUAAUGUUGAAAGAGAAACUGAGAGAAUAUGAGGAAAAGCAAGCAAGCAUUCCUGAAAAUCACAAUGCUGCAGUGCUUUCAAACAACCAGCAAGUGGAAAUACAAAGAUACAAAGAAAUCCUUAAAAAUGUGUUUACAAACCGUGAGGAAAUCAGAAAAGAAUACCUCAAGUUGGAAAUGCAACUGAAAGAAAAUGCACUGAAGACAUAUUACCAGAAACAAUGUCAUGAACAAAUUCAGCUGUUGUGCUCUGAAGAAAGAGUAGAAAAGGCCACUUGCAAGCGGGACCAAAGGCUUGCAAUGCUUAGAACCCACCGCGUACACAUGCAGAAGAAGAAAGAAGAGGAGACUGAACAUUUUGAGGAAAAUACCAAUUGGCUGCAUCGUGUUGAAAAUGAAAUGCGCCUCCUGGGUCAAGAUGGGUGUAUUCCAAAGGAACUCUAUAAAGAUCUGCGGUGUUGCCAUUUAAACCUAGAAGUUAAGGACCUGAAAACCCAGAUUGAGCACAUGUUAUCUCUGAUGUCCCUUCAAGAUCAGCAUUAUAAGCAGACAGAAAAAGUACUAAAUACUUUGCUUCCAGUUCUUCGCAAACAAUACCUGACUUUGAAAGAAGCUGGGUUGGCAAAUAAUUUAAUUGAGACUGAAUUUGGGGAGGUUGAGCAGCUGAUUCAAAGACAAAAAUCGGUAGUUUGGGCUGACCAGACCGAAGAAAAGGAACAAAAUCAAAACCAUGAACUAGAGUUGUCGACUGUCUUUGCCUUCCCACAACUUGUGAACAGACCAAACACCCCAUGCCGUACAACUUUUGGUACACCGUCACAAGAAAUGAAUAAAAAUACACAACAAAUAGUAGAAUAUGCAGUACCACCACAGAAAAGAACUAGGCGGAAGCUAAUGGACUCUCCAGUCACCGCUCAAAGUCCUGCUGCAUCCAAGCGCUCUACUCUUCAUCUGGAGGAUUCUCUUACCAGGGAGGUCCACCCUAUUGUGUAUACACCAGAAUUUUGCAGAAAGCCAGCACAAAGCAGCUAUACGCAGACUGUGGUAAAGAAAGCUUUACACCUUGCAGGCCUUCAGGAAGCCAAUGCAUGUAAUAUGGAUAUGCCAGUGAAAAAGGCGAAUAUUAUGGACUCUACAUGUGAUAUAAUCCCAGAGUGCGAUGAAGCUGACAUGAACUCAACAGUAAUUCUCUAUGAAGGGACAGGUGAAACAACUGAAAUGUCUGCUGUCUCAUCCAUGAAGCAGUCACAGCCGUGCAGCAACAGCAUUCUGCAAAGACUUGAUCUCUCUUCCCUAAAAGACCAAAAUCCUACUUCAGUACUUGAGAAGCCCUCAUAUAUGGCAAUGACUUCUGCUGCUGAGAGAAAAAGAAAGGUAUUAAGCUCUUUUUCCAAUUCUACAUCAAACACUGGGUUAGGCAGCCUACAAGACCCUGUUUCUGCAAAACGCAUUCGACAAGAGGUCUUGUUAAGCCAUAGAGCUUUGCAAGUACCCAAAAUGGCAGGAAUUAAAACGAGGAGCUGGAAGCAAGCACAGGAUGUACCAGGAAACCUAGUUAGAAGCCUUUCUGAAGGAAACGUAGCAUUGGGUGUUAAAUCAAGGACAUCAAAAAAUCUUUUACUCCGUGUUUGUAAGAAAAAAAAUAGGAUUUAG